AGGGAGGGUUUUCACAAGGAGCAGGGUAGCCAAAUCAGGAUAUCUUUCAGUUGGGGGAUGUAGGAGGGUCAAUGGGUUGGGGCCUCAGAGGAUGCUCAUGAUGGGAGGUGUUGGUUUUCAUGAGGAAAGAAAGGUGAGGGAAGCUUUCCCAGCUGGGAAGCUCUUUAGGUUACUGGUGCUUUUCACUAUGGAAGCCAAGGGAAAAUUUGCCAUUGGGAAGGUGGCUGGAUUGGGGUGGGUAUGGUGCCAGAGAGAUGAUGGCUGAAGCAGAGCUGGGCUGGGAGUACUUGAUGCUUGGAAGAGGGAAGGACAGAUGCAUGGCCUUCCCUUUCUCCUCUCCUGAAUAUCAGUUUGUCUUUUGGCCUCCUUCUUCCGUCACUCUAUCCCAACACAACCUUUUUGAAUGUCAGGCCCCGUGGUGACUGCUGGCACCUGAUGCCACUCCGCUGAUCUGUACUUCACUCUGGUAUGGACCGGAGGCUGGGUCUAUCCGGGUGUGCUCCGUAGUGAUAUGCUGCCUGCGUGGCCCUUGUCCCACGAUUGCAGUUAUCAGAAUGCCUCAUGGGGCAAAUGGGCUGAAUCGUCUGAUCAAGCUGGAAGUGAGUUGCGGGACUGGGACUUUUUCUACAGGCCACAGUGAAUGGAUUUUUGCCUUGUUUGCUUCCUGUUGCUGGGAGAUAUAUAGCACCACUGUUCGUCAGCCUGCAUCUUUCUGUUAGAUGGGAGAAGAGGUAGACUACAAUUAACAGCAUUAUAGGCGGUCUUAUCUUACUGAAGUUGCAUACUCUACAUCAACCCCCCCCUUCAAGAAAAGGGUCCCAUCUGUAAAAGCAUGAAAAUGCAUCCUCCUGGGUUACUGUUUUCCUUUUUAGCUGCAUGGUUCAUUUCCACUGUUGAAGGGCAGAGUCAGAAGUUAAAAUCCAUGCACUGCAAUGUCAAGACGAUGUUCACCUUGGCUACACCGUGCACCUCCUGUGCUGCGGCUCCCAAAGUGGUGUGUCCAAAAGGGUGGAUAAAGAUGACCCAGGCGUUAGGAGAGAGAGGCUGCAGAUACAGCGUAAAGCUUGGAGAAGACACCCUUUCCCUACCAGGGUGCAGUCACAUGUGUAAGAUGGAAAUUGAGAAGAAAAAAUGCUGCCCGGGAUUCUGGGGUACUGAGUGCUAUGAAUGCCCUGGUGGACCUGAAAAGCCCUGCAGUGGCCACGGAACCUGUUUGGAUGGUAUAACACGGAAUGGAACCUGCACCUGUGAGGGGAGAUAUGGCGGCUCUGCCUGCCAAGAUUGUCUGGAUGAGAAUCUGUUUGGCCCUGACUGUCAAUCAGUGUGUGACUGUCAGCAUGGAGUGUGCAACCACGGGAUCUCUGGUGAUGGAAGCUGUACCUGCCAUGGAGGUUACACUGGCCCGAAGUGUGAUCAAGAACUUCCCCUUUGCAGAGGUGUAGCCUGCGGGAACAAUGCCCAGUGUGUGUUGAUGAACGGGAUGGCAAUAUGUGACUGCAUGCCAGGGUAUAGAAAGAGAGGGAGCAUAUGCCAAGCUCAGGAUCCUUGUACUUCAUCACCAUGCUCCUCGUUAGCUGUCUGUAAGGCUCUAAGACCAGGAAAAUAUGAAUGCACUUGCAAAGAUGGUUAUCAUGGAGAUGGGAAGGUAUGCCAACCUAUCAAUCCAUGCAUUACCAAUAAUGGAGGCUGCCCUGAGAAUUCCACCAUCUGUCUCUAUAAAGGCCCAGGAAAGUCAUCUUGUGUGUGUAAGCCUGGAAUGAGUGGCCUGUACCCUUCAGCAGGCUGCUCAUCUGUCCGUGAGUGUCAGCGGUACUUCUGUGACAUGACUGCAAAAUGUAAAAUCAAUCCAGAGGGGAUUGCCAGCUGUGUCUGCAAAGAUGGGGAGAUUGGAGAUGGGAGAAGUUGCUACAAAAAUCUCAUGAGUGAGAUCUCUCAGCUGAAUACUCGAGGAAGAUGGUAUAAGAAAUUAAGCAGUGCAAACAAAAUGUUUGCUUCAGGGUGUUCUUUGGCACUGACAAAAUAUGGGCCUUUCACAGUCUUUGUGCCAAGCCUUCAACCGUAUAGUGAAAGAACUGACUUCAACGACACAAUUGCCCAGCAUUUAUGCAAAAUGCAUAUAAUUCCUGGUCAGCAUUUGGUGGAAGAUAUGGUCAAGAUCAAGACGCUGUGGACGUUGUCUGGGCAUCAGCUCACGUUUAAUGAUCAGAUAAAGUCCUACAGCAAGAGCUUUAGGUAUCAAGACCUGCCAGGGGUAUUGUAUACCGUCAUUCAGUCGAACAUACCAGCAUCCAAUGGAAUUAUACAUAUUGUUAACACUCUAAGGAAAACAACCAGCUUUCACAACCUUGGAAAUCCACAGAAAACCAUUGGGGAGAUCCUUGCUUCAAUGGAGAUCUUCAGUCGAUUUGAAACUAUCCUGGAGAACUGUGGCCUGCCUUCAAUACUGGAUGGACCAGGACCCUUCACUGUGUUUGUGCCAAGCAACAAUGGAGUGGAUAAGUUAAGAGAUGGGAGGCUUAUUUAUCUUUUUACAGAGGGGAUAAAUAAGCUUCAGGAGCUUGUGAAACAUCAUAUCUACACUGCAGCGGCGGUGACUGUGGAGAAACUGACAACGAUGCCACAGAUUAUAACCAUGGCAAACCAGAUACUGACUGUCAAUAUCAGUGAGGAUGGGAGAAUUCUGUUGGAUGAUUCUGGCAUUCCCUUGAUCAAGAGGGACAUUGUGGCGUCAAAUGGAAUCAUUCAUACCUUGGAUGGCAUCUUCAUUCCCCCUUCGAUAAUCCCCAUUCUGCCACAGAGGUGCAAUGAAGAACAGCACAAAAUCAUAGCAGGCUCUUGUGUUGAUUGUGGGGCCUUGAACACCAGCGUUUGCCCUCCUCACAGCAUAGAAAUGGCUCAGGGGAACUAUCCAAGUGAAUGUGUCUAUGUCCAUGAUCCAUUAGGCUUCAACGUCCUGAAAAAGGGCUGUGCCAGGUACUGCAAUCAAACCAUUCUGAAACCUGGGUGCUGCAAAGGAUUCUUUGGUCCUGACUGCACUCCAUGCCCUGGUGGAUUCUCCAAUCCAUGCUACGGCAGAGGGAAUUGUAGUGAUGGGCUUCAAGGGAAUGGCAACUGUCUCUGCUUUGAGGGUUUCAAAGGAAUAGCCUGCCACAUCUGCUCAAACCCAAACAAGCAUGGGGAGAACUGUGAUGAAGAUUGCGGUUGCAUCCAUGGAAUUUGUGAUAACAGGCCAGGCAGCAGGGGAACGUGCCAGUCCCAUUCAUGUAAGGAUGGCUAUACAGGGGAAUUCUGUGACAGAAGUUCUCAGAACUGUGGCCCGACUGCAUCUCAGUAUUGUCACCAGAACGCAGUCUGCAGCUCCAACAACACAGCAAGGUGCAUCUGUACUGAUGGCUAUGAAGGGGAUGGAUUUUCCUGCCUGCCCAUUGAUCUGUGUAGGAAGCCGGAACGAGGAGGCUGUUCAGAAAAUGCCAUAUGUACCAGUACAGGCCCUGGUACUGCCACGUGUCAGUGUAACAAGGGCUGGACUGGGGACGGCAAAGCCUGUGUUGCUAUAGAUAACUGUGUGCUGGAGACCAGAGGGGGCUGCCACAUGAAUGCAGACUGCAGCUUUGUUGGACCUGGGCAGAGCAAGUGUAUGUGCAAGAGGGGCUAUGCUGGUGAUGGCUAUAACUGCGACCCCAUUAAUCCUUGCAAGCUGGACAACGGUGGCUGCCAUGAUUUGGCUGCGUGCAAGCCUCUUGGAGGAGGGGAGAGGUCCUGUGCUUGCGCUCCCGGUUACAUGGGAGAUGGAUUUACAUGUUAUGGAGAUGUAUUAAAGGAGCUGGCCAGGAAUUCCCACUUUGCAGGCUUCUAUGAGUGGAUUAAGAAGUCUCUCUUCAGCAUCCCAGCAGGAGUCAAUGUCACUGUUUUGGUGCCCUCAGAAGCCGCCAUCAGAAACCUGAGCCAGGCCGAAAAAGAUUUCUGGCUGAAGCCCUAUACGCUGCCAUUUUUAGUCAGGGCCCAUUUUCUCCAAGGUUCCUUCACCAGUGAGAAGCUCAAAGAGUACAAGGGUGAGGAGUUACCCACUCUCAAUCCACGGACCAGAUGGGAGAUAACCAACAGCAGUGGCGCUAUAACCAUUCAGAAUGCAAUGAUUGUAGUAGCUGACAUUCCUGCUAUUAAUGGCACUAUUUAUAUCCUAAAUAAGGUUUUGUUACCACCUUUAGGAGAUAUCCCACCAAGUCGCCCCGGUCUACAGCAACAGCUUGAUAUGGUCCCCGCAUUUACUCUGUUUAAGGAGUUGUUACUGCAGUACCAGCUGAUUGGAAAAAUUGAGUCCUCUGAAAAAUAUACCAUUUUUGUCCCAGGAAACAAUUCAAUUGAGGAAUAUUGCCACGCUUCCAACAUUACCCAACUGGAUAAUGACACUGUGCAGUACCAUGUUGUACUUGGGGAGAAGCUCUCCUCUACAGACUUGAAAAAUGGAGUCCAUAAAAGCACAAUGUUAGGAUUCUCCUACUGGCUAAUGUUCUAUAAAAACAACAACCAGACAUUUGUAAACAACGUCCGCUUAGAUGGUAAAUUUUUCGAAACCAAGAAUGGGAUGUUGAUUGGGGUUUCUGGGGUUCUACAGAUUCGGAAAAAUCGUUGCACUGCCAAUACCACAGUGAUUCAGAAGUCGAAAUGUGCUAAGUGUGACAGAGGGAUCAAGUGUCCUUCUGGAUCGGUCCUGGCGGAAACUCCAGGAAAAGGGAAGAUGCCACACUGUGAAAAUAGGUCUGGAUUUUCAAAAGUAGUUGGUUGUUAUUUCACCUGUGUUAAAGUUUCCUUAGUCUCUGUCUGCUGUCCAGGUUACUAUGGACAUAUGUGUGAGAUGUGCCCAGGAAAGCCAGGCAGCUCGUGUUCUGGGAACGGAGUGUGCCAGGACGGCAUUACUGGCAGCGGGGAGUGUCGCUGUCAUGAAGGCUUCCACGGCACAGCCUGUGAGAUGUGUGAAGUGGGCAGAUACGGAGAGGGUUGUAAAUCAGUGUGUACUUGCAGAAAUGGAAUCUGUAAUGAUGGGUUGCACGGAGAUGGGAGCUGCGAAUGUUUCCAAGGUUGGGAGGGCAUCACCUGUGAAAGAAGAAUUGGGAUUGAUUUGUGUAAUAACACUUGCCACCUGAUGGCCAAUUGCAUUAAUGGCUCUGUAGAUUCCCUGCCUACUUGCUCCUGCUCUGCUGGAUACACUGGGAAUGGAACAUACUGCUCAGAAAUAAAUCCAUGUGUGAUUGAUAAUGGCGGUUGCUCCAUAUAUGCAACGUGUACUAAUGUCUCUGCUGGAGAGAAUACUUGUUCUUGUAAGGAAGGCUAUGCUGGAGAUGGGACUCUGUGCCAGGAAAUCGAUGGCUGCCUAGAGCGUAAUGGGAAUUGCCACAGCUAUGCAGAGUGUGCUAAAACAGGCCCAAAUCUGGUUGCUUGUAACUGUCUUCCUGGCUACAGUGGAGAUGGUGUGAAACAAUGUGUCCCCAUCAAUCUUUGCAGUGAGAAUAAUGGAGGCUGUAGUAGAUUUGGUUUCUGCAAGUACACUGGACCUGGGACUCGAAACUGCUCCUGUGGUUGGGGCCAUGUUGGAGAUGGGUUCACUUGCAGAGGCAAUGUGUAUCAGGAGCUCCUGAGAAGCGAAGCAGCAUCCGAGUUCUUUAAGCAGUUACUGGCCUUCAAAAUCAAGGAGUUAAGUGGGGAGGGGCCUUUCACCGUCUUUGUUCCACAUGCAGAUUCAAUACAAAACAGUACAACGUUCAGUGAAUGGAAGAACAAAAGCCUCAUCAAAGAUUUGCUUCGCUAUCACAUAGUGAAUUGUCGGAAACUGCUGGCCAGCGAACUGGAGACGCACAAGUCCAUCACCGCUUUGUCAGGACACAAAAUAAGGAUUGUGGUGAAAGAGAAUAGUGUGCAUCUAAAUGAGGAGGCAAUGAUCAUCACCAGUGACAUUGUUGGCAAGAAUGGGGUGAUCCAUAUCAUUGACAAGAUUUUAAUCCCUGCUGAUUUGCAGAGUCUGAACAUUUCUUCCCACCUAGCACAGCAAAGCAUCACUGAGGUGGCAGAAUCAUAUGGCUACAAAAUCUACAGCAAACUACUCCAGGAAGCAGAACUGCUAUCUCUGGUUAACAACUCUGCUCACAGACCCUUCACCAUGCUGUGGCCUACUGAUGCUGUGUUUAACACCCUGCCUGAGAAGAUGCAAACGUGGUUGUAUAGUAAAGACCACAGGGACAAGCUGGCAGCCUAUCUCAAAAUGCACAUGAUUAGGGACACGAAGAUUGUAGCUGGUAACCUGCCACACAUUGCCUCUGUAAGGACCAUGCAUGGAUCCACCAUCUCGUUUAGCUGCAGCAAGAACAAUGUCGGGGAGCUCUUAGUGGACAAUGGCAAUGCCAAGAUUGUCCAGAGGCACAUGGAGUUUGAUGGGGGCAUUGCCUAUGGCAUUGAUCAGCUGUUGGAGCCCCCGAACCUGGGGUCCCGCUGUGAUGAUUUCCUCUCCGUUGAGCUCAGGGGUUCAGUUGAGAGCUGUGGUGUUUGUGGUUUCGAGCCUUCCUGUCCCGCUGGAUCAGUUCAAUGGGGCAAAAGCCAGACUUGCUUUUAUUACGAAAAUCCAUUUUCCAGAUUCUCUUAUUUUUCACACCGCAACUAUCUGUUAUCAAGACCUCAUUGGUAUCCGUCAGUGUUUGAUAACGGCAGUCGCUGGCAUUCUCUUCGGAGGUCCCUGACAAAAGGGUGCAGGAGGGUCUGUUUCUCCACCAGCUGGGUACCGCAGUGCUGUGCAAACCACUAUGGAAGAGACUGUCAGGUCUGCCCAGGAGGGCUGGAGGCUCCCUGCAGUAACCGUGGUACUUGUGAUGAUAGGAUCGAUGGGUCAGGACGAUGCAACUGCACCGAGGCUUUCAUUGGGACGGCUUGUGAACUGUGUGCGCCAGGCAGAUACGGGCCGGGCUGCCAAGAGUGUAAGUGCACAGAGAAUGGGAUGUGUAAUGAAGGCUUGAAUGGGGAUGGGAUCUGUUUCUGCACUGAGGAAUGGACAGGAGAGCGCUGCGAAACCAAACUAGCUGCAGCGCCGGUGUGCUCCCCAGCUUGCCACCCCAAUGCCUCCUGCCGAGCCGAUAAUAUCUGUGAAUGCAACUUGCAUUAUGAAGGAGAUGGAAGAACUUGCACAGUGAUUGACCAGUGCCGGGAUGACAAUGGAGGGUGCAGCGAGCAUGCCAACUGCACUCAGGUGGGUGUUCAGCUCUCCUGUACCUGCCUACCGGAUUACCAGGGAGAUGGCUACGUCUGCAGCCCCAUAGACAGGUGUGCGGAUGGCAGGAAUGGAGACUGCAGCGAGCACGCCUUGUGCAUCAGCACUGGGCCAAAUGCUCGGAAGUGUGAGUGCAAAGUGGGCUAUGUUGGCAAUGGAAUUCAGUGCCUGGAGGAAGCUGUGCCACCCACCAACCGCUGCCUGGAAGAGAACGGCCACUGCCACCCCGAGGCCAUUUGCACUGAUCUGCACUUCCAUGACAAAACCGUUGGCGUGUUCCACCUCCAGUCGCCAAGAGGGAAGUACAACUUCACCUACGGGGAGGCUGAGGCUGCCUGCCUGGCUGAAGACGCUGCUUUGGCCACUCUCCAACAGCUCUCAGCAGCUCAGCAGAUGGGUUUCCAUCUAUGCUUAGUUGGUUGGCUCAAUAAUGGCACUGCAGGAUACCCAACUGUAUACCCGACCCCCAGCUGUGGCUCCAACCACAUUGGCAUUGUGGAUUAUGGCUCCCGAAAAAACUUGACUGAGAGGUGGGAUGCUUUCUGCUACAGAGCUAAAGAUGUGAGGUGUAAUUGUAGAGAUGGGUUCAUUGGAGAUGGCUACUCCUGCAAUGGAGAUCUCCUGGCUGUGCUGGCUGAGCACUCCAACUUUUCAACCUUCUAUUCUAUGUUACUGGAUUACACCAACGCCACGCAAGAUGGACUUGAGUUCCUCAACUUCCUCUCCAAUGACACCGCAUAUAAAACUCUCUUUGUACCCUUGAAUUCUGGCUUUGGGGUCAAUAUGAAAUUAACAUGGGAGGAGCUGAAGCUCCAUGUCUCCCUGAGUGAUGUUCUCCUCUUGAGCUCCAAUCUCACCAAUGGUACCGUUAUACCUUCCUGCUCCGGCUACAACCUUCUCAUUGCAGAUGCUCCCCUGCUGAAUAGCACGCAUCCCCCUGGUUCCAAAGUGAUUAAUAAUACCCUGAUAGUACAGUGGGACAUUCUGACUUUCAAUGGAAUCAUUCAUGCCAUCGAGGGGCCACUGAGGAUGCCUCAGCAGCCUGUGCACCUGAAUCAGGUUACUAAUGCUACAAAAUCAUCUCCUCCUGUGACCAUCGGGGUAACAUCCGCUGCUGUUGUGGUGCUGCUGUUAUUUGCUGUUGCUGGCGUGUCCUAUUACUACCAAAAAAUAAAAACCCCAGGAUUCCAGUUCCACUACUUUCAGGCUGACCUGGAAGAGGAAGAGCAGGCCAGGAACCCGCCCUUAGUGUCAUUCCCAAAUCCUCUCUUUGGGGCCCAGAGCUUGAUGUGUGAACCAUUUGAGGACUCUUUCAGGGGGGAAGAUUUAUCAGACACCUGCAGAAUUCUUGAGUAAAGCAUACAGCAAGCCAAACAAAGGGGGAAAAUAAACCACCAUGUUCUUGCUGCAUGCUAGUGCUAAGUGGAGCUUGCCCACAUGUCCUGCAAGGGGUAAGCAGAUGAAGAGUGAGCUAAUGGUUAACAGUAAACCAGACAAACUCAUCAGCUAAGAUACCUCAGUUGAACUACCUUAAGACAUACAUACCUGCAGUUACUCUGAUGACUAGUGAAUGUCCUUGUUGAUGCAGCUAAGAAAACUUUCACUGGAACAGCGAACACAUGAUGCCAAGCUGCCACUUGGCGCUCUGCACUGAUAUUCUUCCAUAGCUGUAGGAGGGGAAAUUCACUACAUACAUCUGAAGAAUGUUGCUUUAAAAUAAUAGUACCAUUUGUAAAAUAUAGCCAGUACUACACAGUCAUAAUCCUCCAGGGCUAAAUUAUAUAUAUAUAAAAUGGAGUGGCACACAGCACCUGAUAGCUGGAAAAACAGUCUGGCCAGAAAACCUAAUGAUUCUAAGCCUUUAAACUGGUGAGCAUGACAAAUGCCUUUUUAUUCAGCUGGUUUGUUUGCUUUAAUCAAGUGAUGACUCUCCAAACAGGCUUAGCCUGAAGUCUAUGCACAUUGCACUGUUUUGCUGAUUAGUAUUGUGGUUCUUCAAUAAACUGCACUUUGAGAACAA